ACCCAUCUCACCCAGCUAUUCCUUCAUGACUAGAUGGGUAGACGUGCUUCACCAUCUGCAGUAACAUAUAUUCAGUGUACAUAAUUAGUUUAUAAUCUAGUAGGAAAGAAAGAGUCAUAAAGUGAAAGUAUAUCCUUAUAUGUGUGUGAAAAACAGGAAAAGCUUUUACAAAUUUUCUCGGUUCCAGGAAACAAUCAUGUGUGUUUAUGCGCAGAUGGCCCUGCAACCACUUAACCCGCAAGAGCUCAAGGAUCCGUAUCUACCUGCUGAAUUAGGAUUUCACUAGAAGGCGUGGUUACAGCACAGGAGUUGUUUGCACAAGAUCUUCAUGGCAACGGGUAGAAACUCAUUAGAGCUGACAAUGGAGGGGAUGUUGCAUGGCAAGAGAUGAUCACCUGGAGCACCCCAUCUCUUUCACUUCUUCACCCCCGUCAUCCAAGUCGGCUAUCAUGAUUCUAGGGGCUUUGAGCCUAUUUUCAGCACGCGUGCAGUUUGACUGACGGUGAUUAAUUUAAACUUGGAGGUGUGAGAUAAUUAAGCUCGGCUUUGCUAACCGCUCCCUUCUACCACCUCGCAAGACCAUUCGAAAGCAAGAUGAACCGUACAAGCAUUUGCUUUUCCUCAAUGGAAAAAAAGGAAAGGUGGCAGUUUAGGCACCUCCUCAGCUCGAAGCUUAACCACAAUAUAAAAUCAGCUGGUCAGUGUUAUGUCAUGCGUGAUUUAUUCCAGUCAGGAAGGGUAGCUGGUGCAUGUGGUUGCAGUUACUGACAUGGUUACCUGAAGAUUUCCAACAAAGGAAAGGCGUUCUCCAUGGGAAACUACGAACAAGGAAAGGCUUGAAUUCUCUGGACACCCUGACAACAACCACAAUAACUGCCGUGUAUAAACAUGUCACAUCAGUGAAGAAAUUUUGACGGAGUGACCCGCAGGUACUCACCUCUCACCUAGAAAUAGCAUCUGUGGCCUGGAAUUUUCCAGGGUUUCUCUGGAUUUGGAAGUUACACUUGGCAGAUUUCCAUGGGUGGUACAGAUAUAGGCUGAAGAAAAUUGAGACGAUGCACCAUUGCAAUCCAAAUUGAAGUGAAGCACCUGAACUGACUCUGAAGAAAGUGAUCUGUCUGCGAGUCUCACUUCUUGGCUUCAACAAGUAAUCUAUUUCCAGAUACCUCCAAGCGUCAGCGAUCUAGAUUUCUCGCACACAACGUCACCUCGCUGAAGGAGGUAAAUUCAGGCAACAAUCACAGCCAAAGAACGUUAGUUAGCUGAUUGCUUCAGAAGGGCAGCUUCCAGAUUGUUGGACAUGCUACGCUGAUCCGCUAUAAGUUCAGCAGAGAUGACACCAUGCACCUUCAGUCCAGCAUCCUCGGAUGCUUAAACCUUUUGUGAAGAUGGCAACGGCAUCAUCUCACACCUACUCCCCUCUCCUGCUCUUGUUCCUCCUGGCCUGUUCAUGCAGGGCAUCAUCCGGCCAUGCGGUCGACCCUGCCUGCCCUCCGGCCAAGGCGUCGGCGCUGGCAGUGGAAACCUCGGACUGCGGCGGACCUCGGUGCCAGGCACCGGCUCCGCACGUCCCGGUCCCGGUGUUCCCGUACGACGUCGACCCGAUGCAGUUCGCGCUGAACCUGGAGUACACCGAGGCCGAGUUCUUCCUCCACGCAGCGUUCGGUGUAGGGCUUGACCAGAUCGCCCCGAACCUGACGUUGGGAGGGCCGCCUCCGGUGGGCGCCAUGAAGGCCAACCUCGACGAGGUGACAUGGCGCAUCGCCGCGGAGUUUGGCCUUCAAGAAGUCGGCCACGUGAGGGCUAUCCAGAACACAGUUGGUGGGAUUCCUAGGCCAAAGAUAGACCUGAGCGCCAACAACUUUGCAAGGGUGAUGGACCAAGCAUUUGGUUACCAUCUGGACCCUCCUUUCGACCCCUACAUCGACAGCCGCAACUUCCUGCUGGCGUGCUACGUGAUCCCCUACCUGGGCAUCAACGGCUACACCGGCACCAACCCCAUCAUCGACGGCUACGAGACUAAACACCUUCUUGCAGGGUUGCUAGGCGUGGAGGCGGGGCAGGACGCCGUCUUCCGCGCGCUGCUCUUCGAGUGCAAGAGCGAGACGGUGCCGCCCUACAAGGGGAUCACGGUGGCGGAGUUCACCGACCGCAUCUCCACAGCGAGGAACCAGCUGGGGAAGUGCGGGGUGAAGGACGAGGGGCUCACCGUGCCGCCCGAGCUUGGCGCGGAGGGGAGGAUCUGCACCAACGUGCUCUCCGCCGACAGGGACUCGCUCUCCUACGCACGCAUGCCGGCGGAGCUGCUCAGAAUCCUGUACCUCACCGGCGACGAGCACGUGCCCGGCGGCUUCUUCCCGGAGGGCGCAAACGGGAAGAUAGCACGGGAGUUUCUUCGCAAGCCGUUUGCAGCUGAGGGUAACAAGACGCCAGCAAAUUAAGUAGGCCCGUAUGAGUGAUUGCAGCGUCAAUCAUCGGCCUGGAUGAAUAAUAAUGUAAAUAGUGUGUGGAUGGCAUGCUCGAUGGAAUAAGAUGGACAGUGUUUGUGCGGCUUCUGAGGUUGUCGAAAUUGAACCGUUGCGCAGGCUGCACAAUGUUUGUACGAAAUUGAAUGGCAAAACAGAAGUUGCAGUGUAA